AAAAAGAGAGGUCUAUGACAUAACCUUUGCAUAACUGAAUUCAUAUAAUAACACACAAAAAACCAAACUUGCACACUUCACCGUCAAACUUGGCUAACGCCGUCACCCAUUUCCCAUCUGACCAACUCCCCUCCGUCCAUCACUCCACCUAACCCCAUCCGUCACCCCUAUAAAACCUCCCAUCAUUCUCCAAAAAUCACAACACCACCACCGUAACCAACCAACCCAACCCACCAUGGACCUCCUCCUCAUAGAAAAAACCCUCGUCGCCUUAUUCGCCGCCAUUAUCGGCGCAAUAAUAAUCUCCAAACUCCGCGGUAAAAAAUUCAAGCUCCCACCUGGCCCAAUCCCGGUUCCAAUUUUCGGCAACUGGUUACAAGUUGGCGAUGAUUUGAACCACCGGAACUUAACCGAUCUGGCUAAAAGGUUUGGUGAGAUCUUGCUGCUACGCAUGGGUCAGAGGAAUCUGGUAGUUGUGUCUUCGCCUGAGCUUGCUAAAGAGGUGUUGCAUACACAAGGAGUGGAGUUUGGUUCGAGAACAAGGAAUGUUGUGUUCGAUAUUUUUACUGGGAAGGGUCAGGAUAUGGUGUUUACGGUUUAUGGUGAGCAUUGGAGGAAGAUGAGGAGGAUCAUGACCGUACCGUUUUUCACCAACAAAGUUGUUCAGCAAUACAGGUAUGGGUGGGAGGCUGAGGCCGCGGCGGUUGUGGACGAUGUGAAGAAGAAUCCGGCUGCAGCAACUGAAGGAAUCGUGAUCCGAAGACGGUUACAACUCAUGAUGUAUAACAACAUGUUCAGAAUCAUGUUCGACAGACGAUUCGAAAGUGAAGAUGAUCCCUUGUUUUUGAAACUCAAGGCGUUGAACGGUGAGAGGAGUCGAUUGGCGCAGAGCUUUGAGUACAACUAUGGCGAUUUCAUCCCUAUUUUGCGGCCGUUUUUGAGAAAUUAUUUGAAGUUGUGCAAGGAAGUUAAAGAUAAAAGGAUUCAGCUCUUCAAGGACUAUUUUGUUGAUGAAAGGAAGAAGAUUGGAAGCACUAAGAAAAUGGACAACAAUCAGUUGAAAUGUGCCAUUGAUCACAUUCUUGAAGCUAAAGAGAAGGGUGAGAUCAAUGAAGACAAUGUUCUUUACAUUGUUGAAAACAUCAAUGUUGCAGCAAUCGAGACAACUCUAUGGUCGAUCGAAUGGGGAAUUGCGGAGCUAGUCAACCAUCCGGAGAUCCAAGCCAAGCUCAGGCACGAGCUCGACACCAAACUCGGGCCCGGUGUCCAGAUCACCGAGCCGGACGUCCAAAACCUCCCUUACCUCCAAGCCGUGAUCAAGGAAACCCUCCGUCUUCGUAUGGCAAUCCCGCUUCUAGUCCCACACAUGAACCUUCAUGACGCUAAGCUCGGCGGGUUUGACAUCCCAGCCGAAAGCAAGAUCUUGGUCAACGCGUGGUGGCUAGCAAACAACCCCGACCAAUGGAAGAAACCCGAGGAGUUUAGGCCAGAGAGGUUUUUGGAAGAGGAAGCGAAGGUUGAGGCUAACGGGAAUGACUUUAGGUACUUACCGUUUGGAGUCGGGAGAAGGAGUUGCCCUGGGAUUAUUCUUGCAUUGCCGAUACUUGGUAUUACAAUCGGGCGUUUGGUGCAGAAUUUCGAGCUGUUGCCUCCACCGGGACAGUCUAAGAUCAAUACCGAUGAGAAAGGUGGGCAGUUUAGUUUGCAUAUCUUGAAGCACUCUACCAUUGUAGCUAAACCUAGGUCAUUUUAAGGAUUCUUGUUUAUGUUCUUCAUUGUUAUGAUUAAACCAAGUGGUGUUGGUGUUGGUGUUGUGUGAUUUAAAGAUUUUGAAUUUGUUUUGUAUAUCGUUACAUUUAGUAAUAAUCACACUGUUUUAUAUUUGUCUU